CUAAUAAUAGUAUACUAACACCAGAUUAGAAAGUGGUCUUACUCUGACCUAUGAAACAUUCUUGUUUGUUGAAAAUCAGCAAGACUCAGCUAUUUUUUUUUUUUUUGUCUAUGCCUCUAAGAAACUAGCUGCUCGUUCAUGUAUAAAGUUAGAGGCACUUUGCAUUUGAAAUUCGACUCUUCUGUCAGCAGUUACCAACUUCCUCUUUUAUCCGGUUGCUGUAAGUAACACUCGACAAGUUUUCACUUUGUCUUUUUUACAACCUGCCGCCGUCAUUGGAUUAUAUUACAUUUUUGUAGCACUUAUUUGUUCAGCUGCCAUCUCUGAGAAAUGUGUGUAUGUGGCAGAGGAGAUCCUUUUAAGAGAUGAGACCAUUAAACUGAUAUUGACUGGAAGGAUUCUGGUGAGACGUUGAACAGACAUCAUGAUCUUAACAACAUGCAUGGUUGGUUCCAGAAACUAUUGAAAUCAAGAGCAUCUGUACCAGCACAAUGUGAACAAGAGACAAAAGUGGCAAAAAAGUCAGUGUCCUCUGUGAGCAGUGCGUCAACUUCAUCUCCAUCUACAUCGACAAGCUCUUCUUUGUCAUCAUCACCAUCACUGGGGACAGCCCCUUUUAAAAAAACAUCACAGCCACAGUCUGCUCUGAGCUCACUGCUGCGAUGGAGCCGAAAGUAUGACGUGUUUGUGUGUCACAGCUCUGUGCACAGUGAUACUGAAGAGGCAAUACGCCUGGUGUCUUUCCUGGAGGCCUCACCACAAAGUCUGAGGUGCUUUUUGUGGCAGAGGGACACCUGUCCAGGGGGGGCAAUGUCCACAGAGUUAUGCCAGGCUGUGGAGGAGAGCCAUUUAAGGGCCCUGCUUAUCACUCCUAACUUCCUGCAGGAUGACUGGUGCAUAUACAUGAUGCACCAGGCUCUGGCAGAGGGGCCUAUGUCCAAUCGGCUUAUCCCCUUAGUUCAGAACCUUUCCCGCUCUCAGUAUCCACAGGAACUGAGGUUCUUCUUCUACAUUGACCUGAGCAGGAACCCUGACCGAGGUUACACCCUCGUCAACAAGACUGUGCUCAAGUACCUGCAAGACCUGGCUAUAAAAGAGAAAGAACUUGAAUGCAACACAGACAGCUCUGACGAACCAAGUGGAGAAAGCAGCCCUAAAAAAGACAAUCUGAUGUUAAGUAAUGACCCCACUGAGACGCAAAUACCGCUGGAAGUGAUAGAGAAGAGAGAUAAAAGCCUCAGUGACGUUUGUGAACAUCAUCAACAGUAAUUAGGCUGUGAUGAGGGUGAGAGGGCUCUGGGUGGAGAAGGCUGCUGUUAUUGAACAAACUAAAAUUUAGAGACCAGUUUAUCACAUCAUGUUGGGAUUUUAAGGAAAGUUAUGCUAUGACUUUUGCACCUUUUAUGUGCACAACCAACACUGGGUGUCUCUGUGCGUGUGGUAAGGAUGUUCAUAUAACGGACAGGAAGCAGUUGAUGCCAAGCAGCACUGGGGCUUAUUUCUUGUAUCAGAUCUAGAGAAGUACACCGUGCUCUGACCUAGUUAAAUGAUAAUUUACAAUAAUGAUGUUGAUGAGCGUGUAUCAUGAGAACCUGCGGUCACAGUCUCAGCUUGUUACACAUAAUUCAGUUCAAUUGCAGCCCAUAAUUGAUCUUCACAGCAAAGGGCUCUGAAGUGUCACAAACGCAUGUGAUCACCUCUUUACUGUAUCAGAGUAAAACCUGUCAGAUUGCUGUGAAAGGAUAAUAUUGUGAUGCACACAGUGUUUACCACUAGGUGGUGUAUUUUGCUCUACUAUCCGAUCAAGAGUGCUAGUGAGGAUAUUAUUCAGUCUAUGGAGCGGAUGCCAGUCAUGAAGGUGUGAUCUCUGUGGUAUAAUCUCCAAGCUUUUACCAUGACCUAUAAUGAUGACAGUUGCAUUAUGUCUCUUCUAUGUGUGUGUUUAUGUCUGUAAAAGAGAGCGCGAGAGUAAAAGGAAAAGACCCACCCACGAUAAACUGACAGCGACAUGACCUUUUCACUGAACUGGAACUUAAAGUAAAAACAGAGGAAGUGACUCUUAUUGACACAUGACACAUCUUUAUAUUUCACAACAAAAGCCUCACACAUGGUUCUGGUGUGCUGGUAUUAAUAUUCUAAGUCACAGUAUUCCUGACUGAGGGGUUGGUUGGAACAAAGUCCGAACAUGUUGAAGAAUUGGAAGGAACACCCUUUCUCUUCUCCAUCCAAACGAAAACUUUCAGUCCUCUGUUAGGUAUGAUUAAAUGUCCUUGGCAGAACCUUCCUUUGUUAAUCAAGAAUACUGGCAGCGCUUCCUUUCAGAUAGUUGGCAUUUGAACCACUCAAUGUGGAAUAUCAGGUAUUCAUUGAAUCAAGUGGUGCGUGACAUUUGUGAUCCUUGAUCGUAAUUUUUUUGACACAGGCAAGGGUUGUUUUUUUCUCUUCUUGCAGGAGACACCAUCUGCCUCCAAGAAGUGCUACAUGUUCUCUCCCUCUUUUUUUUUAAUUAAUGCUGUAUCAUCCUCCCAUUUACCCAUCCCCCUAAACAACAACAGAUACUGAGCACCACAAUAAAAGACCCUCGAUAAUCGUCUCUUUAGUGGCAAGCCAACAUUGUAACAUGAAAAAUUAGACUAAUCUCUGAGAGGCACAGAUGUUCUACGAAGCUUUUGUUGUUGCCAUAACAAAUCCUCUUCCAGAUGACAUACACACAAACACACAACUUUCAUACCAUUAAUAUAAAAGACAUAUGUAUCAACAUCAAAAUAUGCAUUUAUCUGUCUUUCAUUUUCAAUGUUGAAGUUAAAAACUGUUAUUCAUUGAAAUGAUUAUAUGUGGGCAUGAUGGGGCGGAGUUUCUGUACAGUGGUGUCAAUUUUGUCAUAAAAUAUAUCUGCCGACAAUCUUUUUUUUCUCAACCAAGCCAAGACAAGACUAAACUGACUUCAGCAACAACUGACUACAUCUCCAUAUAACAUUUAUGACAAAAAAGGCAACUAAAAAUUGAUUUAAAAAGUCUUAAUUCAAAUCUCCCUUUGUCACUUGAUUGCUGUACAUUUCUCUUAAUCUUCCUGGUAACAUUUGGACGCCAGCAACACUCUGCCAGCGGUGUGCUUAAGUCUUGAGCUAGCUACAUUAUGCACCCUACAGCUAUAGGAGUUGGACAUGUGUACAGUAAGAUGGUGGCAUUUCCAUUUUGCUUUAUAGUCCCUCUCCACUACAUCUUAGAGGGAAAUACUAUACUUUUACUCCACUAAAUGUAUUCUAUAACUGUAGUUACUUAUUAAUUUGCGUAGUCAGAUCAUUAAUAAAAAAUAUGAAUCAACAUAUAAAUAAUGAUGUAUUAAUACAAGGUAAACUACCCAGUAGUAUAUGAGGUAAUUAAAAUGAGCUCCACAUUUACCAGCGGCUGCAACUUUAAAGUGAUGAACAAAAUAAAGCAUCAAUAAUUAUGGCCUUAUAUUGGGCCAUUCUGUAUUAUGAGAACUUUUACUUCAGAUUAUCUAAGUAUAUUUUGAUGCUGAUAUUUAUUUACUUUUACUGAAGUCCAAUUUGAAUGCAGGGCUUUUACUUGUAACAGAGUAUAACUACACUGGGGUACUGCUACUUUUACUCAACUAGAACAUCCACCGCUGAUCCUCAUACAACAGUAUCUUCCGAAACAUUAUGCGCACAGAAUGCUUUGUAAAAUAUUAUAUUAAUUAGCGCCCUGAAUAGGUUAGGUCUGGGAAAAAGAUCAUGGAAGGACGUUACGUAUGCAUGUAACUUAAACUAACUCAACAAUGAUUUUUGGUUUCACACAAGGAUGUCACUAUUCAAGUCAUUUGUUAGAUUUGUUCAGGUCCUAUCCCCUAACCAGUGGACCACCCUGACCCUAAUCAUUCAAGGUAAUUGCCUGAUCGCGACCACCUUUGCACAUGCAUAUAACAAAUUAGGUUGCUGGUAUGGAUUGGGAAGCGACAGGGGCACAAACUGUGGUCUCCUGGAUCAAAGUCCUGUGUUUGUUUGACCCGCCCACCACCCAAACCACGUCCCUAUGCAGACUUAAUCGCUCUCUAUGCUAUGUGACCUGACUUCCUCCUUUGCUUCUGUCAUGAUGGAGAACAGCCUGCAGCAUACAGGUCACAUGAUCACAGCCUCCUGGUUUAUGGUUUAAGGUAUAAGAGUGUGCGUAAUGAACAGCAGGACUUGGUACUUUUGACAGGUCAAAUAAAAAAUUAGCUGAAAAGACUACAAAAAUGAAGAGACACCUGAUUUGUUUGGUUCAUGACAGUCUGCAAAGUGAUGAUUUGUCAUCUCUAGACUUCAUUUUUAGUGCGUAUUAAACAGCUGACAUAUAACAUGUUAAUUAGCGAGCUUCAGAGGUACUGGGCAGAUUUUGUUAUUGCUAGAAAGAGCCAGGCCAGCUGUUUCUCCCUGUGUCCAGUCCUUACGCCGAGCAAAGCUAACCGGCUGCUGCAGUCUCAUAUUUAUCAACUCUCAAUGAACUCUCUGCAAGAAAACAAAGCGUACUUCCUAAAAUGUAAACUUAUUCAUUUAAAGUUGUAUUAAGCCAUCUCCAAAAGGCACUGGUGUAACAUUAGCCUCUAACAAUGCUUGCAUGUGGAGGUUUAUCCAAAUUUAAAAGUCAUCCCAGCCAGACAGCUAUCAGUUUUCUUAAAAUGAGUUUAUUAAAUUUGGAUAGUUAAACUUUCUGUCCUCACUAAAGCAUAAUAUAAACACACAUUUGAAAGCCAGGUCCUAAUGAUUUAAAAUGGCUCUGUACCAUUUAAAUGUCUGUUUGUAAUGUUUGCUUGCUGUUUAGGUAAAUGCUCAGCAUUUUGUAUUUACAAUCUCAUGUCUAAGUCGUCUGGGCACUGGUUGGCUGUCUUCUCUUGUGUUGCGUGCAAAGAUGUUGCAAAUAUUUUCUUUUCAAAUUCAUGUAAAUGUUGGACUUAAAUCAAUAUAAACUCUAACCUGAAGGCAGUCUGUUGAAGUUCGAUUAAAAUGCU